ACCGCUCCCCCGGGCGCAGCGGGAUGGGGUCGGGCUCCUCCGCCCUGGCCCGGACCUCCGCCUCCGCGCAGCCCUCCGGGACUGCCCCGGCCCCGCAGGACAGCCGCCGGACACCCCCGCGGCCCCGGAGACGGCCACGGCGGGGCGAGGAGGAGGAGGAGGGAUGCUCGGAGCCGGGGGGCCCGCAGCAGCUCUCCCCGCUCCUGGAGACCCGAGGACCCCCAGUGGCCAACGAGGCAGGAGACCGAAGUGGUCGUUCGCUCGCCCGUUUUUCUCGGUCCAAAUCCCAAAAUUGCCUGUGGAACUCUCUGAUCGAUGGGCUCACUGGGAACGUCAAGGAAAAGGCCAAAGCGGCCAUCAUCCACGACCCCCGGGCCCCUGAGGAGAUCCUGGCGGACGACCUGCCUCAGCUGGACAGCCCCGAAGCCUUGGUGAAGACGUCUUUCAGGAGAAAAUACAAGAAGACAUCUCAGAGGCUACGCUCUUUGGUGAAGCAACUCGAGAGAGGAGAGGCCUCCGUCGUUGACCUCAAAAAGAAUCUGGAAUAUGCCGCCACAGUGCUUGAAUCCGUGUACAUCGAUGAGACCCGGCGUCUCCUGGACACCGAAGAUGAGCUCAGUGACAUUCAGUCGGAUGCUGUGCCCUCCGAAGUCCGGGACUGGCUGGCCUCCACCUUCACGCGGCAGAUGGGGAUGAUGCUCAGAAGGAGUGAGGAGAAGCCGAGGUUCAAGAGCAUCGUCCACGCGGUGCAGGCUGGGAUAUUCGUCGAGAGAAUGUACAGACGGACAUCGAACAUGGUCGGACUUAGCUAUCCUCCUGCUGUGAUUGAAGCAUUGAAGAAUGUAGAUAAGUGGUCCUUCGAUGUAUUUACCCUGAAUGAUGCCAGUGGAGAUCACGCGCUGAAAUUCAUUUUCUACGAACUGCUCACACGCUAUGAUCUGAUCAGCCGUUUCAAGAUUCCGAUCUCGGCGUUGGUUUCGUUCGUGGAAGCGUUGGAGGUGGGCUACAGCAAACAUAAAAACCCGUAUCACAACCUGAUGCAUGCGGCCGACGUGACCCAGACCGUCCACUACCUGCUGUACAAGACAGGGGUGGCGAACUGGCUGACGGAGCUGGAGAUCUUCGCCAUCAUCUUCUCGGCCGCCAUCCACGACUACGAGCACACCGGAACUACCAACAACUUCCAUAUCCAGACGCGUUCUGAUUCGGCCAUCCUGUACAAUGACAGAUCGGUGCUGGAGAGUCAUCACGUGAGUGCAGCGUACCGCCUUCUGCAAGAGGACGAGGAGAUGAAUAUUUUGUCCAAUCUCUCCAAAGAUGACUGGAGGGAAUUCCGUGCCCUGGUGAUUGAAAUGGUCAUGGCGACUGACAUGUCUUGCCACUUCCAGCAGAUCAAGGCAAUGAAGAGCGCUCUCCAGCAGCCGGAAGAGAUCGACAAGCCGAAAGCCUUAUCUCUGAUGCUGCACACGGCAGACAUUAGCCAUCCAGCCAAGGCCUGGGACCUUCAUCACCGCUGGACCAUGUCCCUGCUGGAGGAGUUCUUCCGACAGGGCGACAAGGAGGCUGAACUUGGACUUCCCUUCUCGCCCCUGUGUGACCGCAAAUCCACCAUGGUGGCCCAAUCUCAAGUAGGCUUCAUCGAUUUCAUCGUGGAACCCACGUUCACGGUGCUGACCGACAUGACGGAGAAGAUCGUCACUCCGCUCCUUGACGAGCCGCCCCAGACGGGGGCCACCGGCUACCGGCGUUCCAGUCUCAACAACCUCAGCCCUUCGGAAGCCAAGAGGUGCAGCGUGAAGAGCACCGGCUCAGAAGGAAGCACCUCACUCAACAGCUCCGUCCUCGCCGUCGACUACAAAACCUUCAAGGCCACCUGGACGGAGGUCGUGCAUGUGAACCGCGAGCGCUGGAAAGCCAAGGUGCCCAAAGAAGAGAAAGCCAAGAGGGAAGCUGAAGAGAAGGCCCGCUUGGCGGAAGAGAAGACGAAAGAGGCAGAAGCAAAGACUCAAGGUGAAGAAGGCGCGUUGGGAAAGACGGAAAAGAAAAAGCCUCAAGUUGGGGAAAACAAGGACCCGGAAAGCCGCAAGAGUCAAGGGAGUGGCCCGCACGCUAAUCAGAGUGAUUCCUCCCUCGGGAAAAAUCCAGCCAGAGCAGAGAAGCCAUCCGGGGAGAAGAAGAAAGUACAGAACGGUGAAUUACAGGGCGAUAAGGACAAGAUGGAACAGUCCGGCUUUGGAAGCGACUCCAAGAAGACAGAUGAUACGGAAGAGUAAAAAAAAAAAAUCCUUAUUCCCCAAAACCAAGACCGAACAUGUCUUUCACCAAUUUAGCUGAGUCUUCUCCACCCUUCUCUCCUUCUUCCUUCACAAAGACUGUUGUUAGAGGAAGACGGCCACCUCUCAAACACCAAAAAAACACACCCCAGAGCGGCCUCCUCCUCCUCUUCCUCUCCCUUCUCUUCUUUCUCCUGCUCGCUCACAGCGAAUGACUCUUGGGGGGCUUCAGGAGGGGCUUUAACGCUCCUGGGGAGGGGGCGAUAUCUCCCCAUACAGAAGGGAUCCAUCCCAGGACUCCUGGCUAGGACUCCGCCUUGGGCAGAGGGGGCAUCGCACGCUUGCGAUAGUGAAGCGAUACACUGAAAGAGGCUUGGAAUCUCCCCAAACUGUUAUUAUUAUCCUCAACAUUGAAUAUUGUUAUUAUC